CCUUAUUAAAUAUCUCUUUCCCUUAUAUUUCUCUUUCAGGCAUUUUCACAGACACCUUUCCUUCACUAUAAUUUUCUUCGGGACUAGCUAUCUAUCUAUGGCCAGGCCUCAACAGCGUUAUCGAGGCGUUCGUCAAAGACAUUGGGGUUCAUGGGUCUCCGAAAUUCGUCACCCUUUAUUGAAAACCAGAAUUUGGCUUGGUACUUUCGAAACGGCUGAAGAUGCUGCUAGAGCUUACGAUGAAGCUGCUCGUUUAAUGUGCGGUCCAAGAGCAAGAACCAAUUUCCCUUUCAACUCAAAUGACUCAAAUUCCUCUUCUUCUAAACUUCUCUCGGCCAAUUUGACUGCUAAACUCCACCGUUGCUGUAUGGCGUCCCUUCAUUUUCAGAAACCGGCCACCCAUCGCUUCAAUUCCGGCGUUGACGUGGCCGGGAUUAAGCCGCUGACGGUGGAGGGAAAUACCCAAACGGAGAUCGGGCAUCAGCCGUUCGUGGCCCUGGAAGAAGAUCAUAUUGAACAGAUGAUUGAGGAAUUGAUUCAUUAUGGGUCUGUUGAGCUCUGCUCUGUUGUGCCACCCUCUCAGGCGUUUUGAUAUUAAUUUAGAAAACAAUAUUAAAAGUUUAAAUGCCCAUUUUGGUCCAACUUUAGGAAUUACAUAAAUAUUGUUAGUAAUGUUUUUUUUUUCUUUUUCUUUUUGGAUGUAGUUUUCUACUACUUUAUUUGUAAAAUCCGAUCAUCUUAAUGUACUAGUACUAGUUAUAUAUA